AAAUAAGCACAAACACACAGCAGGCUGGUAGGAAGGUGAUCAGGGCUUCAUGUAAGGAAGCGGGAUAGGGUGUCAUGAGGCAGGAAAAAGGUCUGUGACUUGAAGCGGGGGGUUAGGGAAAUCUCCUGAGAAGUUGACAUUUGGGCGAAGACCUUUGGGAGGUGAGGGAAUUAGCCAUGAAGUUGCCCACGGCAGAGGGGACAGCCUGCGCGUCUGGAGCUCAGUGAGUGAGGGGGAGAGAGGAGAAGGGGAGAGCAGGGAGGCGACGGGCUGGUCGUGCAAGGCCCUGUGGGCUGCAGGGAGGACUCGGGCUUUUACCCGUGGGUGGUGGGAGCCAUGGAGGGUUGUAGGCAGAAGAGGGAUGUGCCCUAGCUCAAGUGUUCACAGGUGCCCUCUGACAGCUGUGAAGAGGACAGACUAUGGCGGGUUGAGGGCGGGAGCUGGGGGACCAGGGCGGAGGAGACUGUUGUGGUCCAGGUGGGCCAUGAUGGGGCUAGACCAGGUGGAGGCAUCAGAGAGGGUGAGAAGUGGGCAGAUUUGGGGUGUAUUUCAGAGGUGGCACUACUCAUUUUGCCAAUAGGUUAGAUGUGGAGGAGGCCCGGAGGCCUCAGUUGACUCAGCCUGCCUCUCCUGGCCCCAGGAGCCCAGGCUUUGUUGAGUUGGUGGGGCCGGAAAAGUCAGACCCUAUGUACAAAGGCUAGGGCCGGGCUGGCUGUAGGUGCUCCCCCACCCCACGCUCCUCCUCCUCCACCCGCUUGCUGGCGGCAGUUACAGGCAGAGAAGAGGAAGUGGUAGGACUAGCUGUUGCUCCCCGGUCAGGCAGGCGGGCGGGCCGGUGGCGGAGGCCGAGAGGGUGUGCUGGUUGGCAGCGGCCAUGGAGCUGUGGCGCCAGUGCGGCCACUGGUUGAUCCAGUGCAGGGUGCUGCCGCCCAGCCACCGUGUGACCUGGGAUGGCGCCCAGGUGUGUGAGCUGGCGCAGGCCCUCCGGGAUGGGGUCCUGCUCUGCCAGCUGCUCAACAACCUACUGCCUCACGCCAUCAACCUGCGCGAGGUCAACCUGCGCCCCCAGAUGUCCCAGUUCCUGUGCCUUAAGAAUAUCCGCACCUUCUUGUCCACUUGCUGCGAGAAGUUUGGCCUCAAGCGGAGCGAGCUCUUCGAGGCCUUUGACCUCUUCGAUGUGCAGGAUUUCGGGAAGGUCGUCUGUACCCUGUCCGCUCUGUCCUGGACCCCGAUUGCCCAGAACAAGGGCAUCAUGCCCUUCCCCACGGAGGAGGAGAUUGUGGGCGAUGAAGACAUCUACAGUGGCCUGUCUGACCAGAUCGACGACACGGUGGAGGAGGAUGAGGACCUGUACGACUGUGUGGAGAACGAGGAGGCUGAGGGUGACGAGAUCUACGAGGACCUCAUGCGCACAGAGCCGGUGGCCAUGCCGCCCAAGAUGACAGAGUACGACAAGCGCUGCUGCUGCCUGCGCGAGAUCCAGCAGACGGAGGAGAAGUAUACCGACACGCUGGGCUCCAUCCAGCAGCACUUCAUGAAGCCCCUGCAGAGGUUCCUCAAGCCUGAGGACAUUGAGAUCAUCUUCAUCAACAUCGAGGUUCCUUGUCUACGGCCGCUAUUGCAGCCAGGUGGAGUCUGCCAGCAAGCACCUGGACUGCGUGGCCUCAACCCGCGAGGACGUGCAGAUGAAGCUGGAGGUGGGGUCCGCUCCGCAGCUGGGGGCUCGCCCACUCCUUCCCAGGUCCCGAGGGCAGCAGCAAGGAGCUGGGGCCGGGAAUGCCGUUUUCUGCUGCAGCCUGGCCAGGGUCCCCUGAAGGUUUGGGGAGGGAGGCAUGCUGUGGACACCCUGUCACUAAGCCCCCUGCCUGCCUCUGGUCGGGGCUGGUUCCCUAUCCCGGGCAGGGUUGGGGACUGGGCGGUGCGGGGUCCACGCUCACCCCUACCCUGCCUCCAGGACCUGGCCCAGUGCGUGAACGAGGUGAAGCGAGACAACGAGACGCUGCGGCAGAUCACCAACUUCCAGCUGUCCAUCGAGAACCUGGACCAGUCACUGGCCGACUACGGCCGGCCCAAGAUCGACGGGGAGCUCAAGAUAACCUCGGUGGAGCGGCGUUCAAAGAUGGACAGGUACGCUUUCCUGCUUGACAAAGCCCUGCUUAUCUGUAAGCGCCGCGGGGACUCCUACGACCUGAAGGACUUUGUGAACCUGCACAACUUCCAGGUUCGCGACGACUCCUCUGGGGAGAGAGACAACAAGAAGUGGACCCACAUGUUUCUGCUGAUUGAGGACCAAGGCACCCAGGGCUACGAGCUGUUCUUCAAGACGCGGGAGCUGAAGAAGAAGUGGAUGGAGCAGUUCGAGAUGGCCAUCUCCAAUAUCUACCCUGAGAACGCCACCGCCAAUGGACAUGACUUCCAGAUGUUCUCCUUUGAGGAGACCACUUCCUGUUCAGCCUGCCAGAUGUUGCUGAGAGGCACCCUCUAUCAGGGCUACCGCUGUCAUCGAUGCCAUGCCCCUGCACACAAGGAGUGUCUGGGGAGGGUCCCUAUGUGUGGUCGACAUGGGCAAGAUUUUGCAGGAACCAUGAAGAAGGAUAAGCCACAUCGAAGGGCUCAGGACAAAAAGAGAAAUGAUCUGGGCCUUCCCAAGAUGGAGGUGUGUCAGGAAUACUAUGGACUUCCUCCACCCCCGGGAGCUUUUGGACCUUUUCUACGGCUCAACUCUGGAGACAUCGUGGAGCUCACCAAGGCCGAGGCUGAACAGAAUUGGUGGGAGGGCAGGAAUACGGCGACCAACGAAGUUGGCUGGUUUCCCUGUAACAGGGUCAAGCCCUACGUCCAUGGCCCCCCUCAGGACCUGUCUGUUCAUCUCUGGUAUGCUGGCCCCAUGGAGCGUGCCGGGGCUGAGAACAUCCUCACCAACCGCUCCGAUGGAACCUUCUUGGUGCGGCAGAGGGUGAAGGACACGGCAGAAUUUGCCAUCAGCAUUAAGUAUAAUGUCGAGGUCAAGCACAUUAAAAUCAUGACAUCAGAAGGGCUGUAUCGGAUCACAGAGAAAAAGGCUUUCCGGGGGCUUACGGAGCUGGUGGAGUUUUACCAGCAGAACUCCUUGAAGGAUUGCUUCAAGUCGCUGGACACCACCUUGCAGUUCCCCUUUAAGGAGCCCGAGAGGAGAGCCAUCAGCAAACCACCAGCUGGAAGCAUCAAGUAUUUUGGCACAGCCAAGGCCCGCUAUGACUUCUGUGCUCGGGACCGGUCGGAGCUGUCCCUCAAGGAGGGCGACAUCAUCAAGAUCCUUAACAAGAAGGGACAGCAAGGCUGGUGGCGAGGGGAGAUCUAUGGCCGGAUUGGCUGGUUCCCCUCCAACUAUGUGGAGGAAGAUUAUUCUGAAUACUGCUGAGCCCUGGCGCACUGGCAGAGAGACGAGAGACUCCAGGUUCUGAGCCCAGGAUGGGCAGGUCAGGGGCUAUGACAGUCCCCGCAGGCCGAGAGCCUGGGACGGACUGUGAAAGGCCAGGGUCCAGCUGGCCAGACUCCCGGAGCCUCGGUUAAUUUAUAACACACUGGUGUCCUCUUGGGUCCCUCAACAAGAUGGGGUGCAAGGAAACCACUCUUAAUAAAGUGAUGAAUGGAUGGGAUAGUGUCAUUCAGAAGGACCCAGAAGGGGAGACAAGGGGAAAGGGACUGGGGCACAGACAGAACCCACUCACCAACCCUACCUCUCAUCUUUAUCACCUUUCCCUGCCAUUUACAAUAACACCCAAAGGUGGAAAUAGAAUCUCAUGUAGCAGAAAAGAAUUUCACACUCACAGAUUCAGGAUUACAACAACUCUCUGUUUGUUUUUUCUAUAACAGAACUUAAUUACUAUUUUCACACCCCCUCCACCAAUCCUUGCCCAUGAGUGACCAACCCACCCGGUGGCACCCUGGAAGAAAGGCCUGGAGAUCUGCUUCCAUAAAGAUCAUUGUUUUUAGUUGUCAUCAAGUUGAUUCCGACUCACAGUGACCCCAAGUAUGCAGAGCAGAACUCUUCCAUAGGGUUUUCAAGGCUGUGAUCUUUUGAAAGCAGAUUGCAGACCUUACUUCUGUGGCACCUGUGGGUGGGUUUGAACUGGACUAUUUUGGUUGAUAGUCUGGUGCUUAACCGUUUCUGCCACCCAGGGACCCUGUGAAGAUAUCAGCCAAGAAAACCCCUGUGGAGCAGUUCUACUCUGUAACACACGGAAUCGCCAUGAGUUGAAAUGGACUCGACAGCAAUGGGCUUUUAGUCUGGCUGAGUGGUAGAAACUUUAUCUCAGUUGAGUUGGGGGUCUCUUCAUUCAGUUUUCCCCAAGAUCAUAUUUAAAUUCCAGAGGUCUUGGCACGGAUGUUGGGGAGACAGCUGGUCCUUGGUUGUUAUGAUCUGUCACACUUUCACCUGCUGCGAUGUGAUUGCUUCUGCUUGGCGAUUGUUCCCUCCACCCCAUCCACGUCCCUCAUGCAAGACAUCUGACUAUGUUCUCUUAAAUGCUGCGUCAUGUGAGUGGGAAGGCUGGACACCCUAGUCUGUCUGGGGUGGUCCUGGCGGCUAUAGUUAUUAAUGAUUCUUUUCAUGCUCCAAAGUGUCCUUAUUUGAAUCAUGAAUUAUAUGGCCACUGUAUUAGGUUGGUGUCUUGGUUUCCAUAACAAGAUACCACAGUGGGUGGCUUUAAAGAACAGUUCAUUUUCUCACAGGACUCCCUGGGUGGUACAAAUGGCUAAUGCGCUCAGCUGCUAAAUAAAAGGUCGGCAGUUCGAGU